ACCACUGUGCCACAGCGGGAACUCCUGCUUUGUGUUCUUUUAGUAAGUCCUUCCACAUUUUGCAGAAUUGUCCUUUGGACUAUUAUUUCCCAGGUUAAGCUCCUCUAGCUCCUUUCCAGGGGUGAGCCACCACCUCAAAACUCAGACUCUUGAGUGUUUGUAAAGUGAGUGGAGCACCCAGCAUUGCAUAGAGGAUAUACCAGAGUUCUUGACCCAGUUCAGGAGUCCCAACUUCCUGUGGUUGUCUUGCUUAAGAUGGCACUGCCUUACCCGGCCUCCCUUAGGACAGAUUCAGAGGGAAGUGCACCUUCCUGAAUUAAUUGGUGUCAAGAAAGAGGGUGGGGCUUGUUAACGUUAUAACUCAUAUCGCUUGUGAGUUUCACUUUUGACUGCAUACCAGUUCAGUGGGACACCUCAUAUUGAGAGAGAAAAGCCCAGAUCCAAGGAGAGUGACCACUGGUGUUUCUCCCAGGUGGCCGCACCCCACAGUGGAACCCAUAUGGACCCCAUUGGGCCUCGAGGUUUGCAGCAAAGGGAAGGAGCCCUCGGCUGCCCCCAGGAAGGCUUGCCUUCCCCUUCAGAAAGCUCUGAGCUGGUACAGGAGUGCCUGCAGCAGUUCAAGGUGACAGAGGCACAGCUGCGGCAGAUCCAAGCCAGCCUCCUGGGCUCCAUGGAGCAGGCACUGAGUGGGAAGGCCAGCCCUGCCCCUGCUGUUCAGAUGCUGCCCACAUAUGUGGGGUCUAUCCCACAUGGCACUGAGCAAGGAGACUUCCUGGUGCUGGAGCUGGGAGCCUCAGGAGCCUCACUGCGUGUUUUGUGGGUUACCCUGAUGGGCGUUGAGGGACACAAGACAGAGCCCCGGAGCCAGGAGUUUGUGAUCCCCCAAGAGGUGAUGCUGGGUCCUGGUCAACAGCUCUUUGAUUUUGCCGCCCGCUGUCUGUCUGAGUUCCUGGAUGCGCUCCCUGUGGGCAAGCAGGGUCUGCAGCUUGGGUUCAGCUUCUCCUUCCCUUGUCACCAGACAGGCCUGGACAAGAGCACCCUCAUUUCCUGGACUAAAGGUUUUAAGUGCAGUGGUGUGGAAGGCCAGGAUGUGGUCCAGUUGCUACGAGAUGCCAUCCAGAGGCAGGGGACCUACAGCAUCGAUGUGGUUGCCGUGGUGAAUGACACAGUGGGCACCAUGAUGGGCUGUGACCUGGGGGUUGGGCCGUGCGAAGUUGGGCUGGUUGUAGACACCGGCACCAAUGCGUGUUACAUGGAGGAGGCCCGGCAUGUGGCGGUGCUGGAUGAGGACCGGGGCCGAGUCUGCAUCAGCGUCGAGUGGGGCUCCUUCAGUGAUGAUGAGGCCUUGGGACCAGUGUGGACCAUCUUCGACCUCACCCUGGACCAGGAGUCCCUGAAUCCGGGUGCCCAGAGGUUUGAGAAAAUGAUUGGGGGCCUGUACCUGGGUGAGCUGGUACGGCUGGUGUUGGCUGACUUGGCCCAGCGCGGGGUCCUCUUUGGCGGUUCCACCUCCCCAGUGCUGCUGAGCCCAGGCAGCAUCCUCCUGGAACACGUGGCUGAGAUGGAGAAUCCCUCUGCUGGGACAGCCCGUGUGCACGCUAUCUUGGGCCUGAACCCAAGGACCUCAGAUGCUGAGCUUGUGCAGCAAGUGUGUGCAGCUGUGAGCACACGGGCUGCCCAGCUCUGUGCAGCUGCCCUGGCCGCCAUCCUCUCCCGCCUCCAGCACAUCAGGGAGCAGCAGAAGCUUCAGAUUGCUGUGGCCACUGGAGGCCGAGUAUUUGAGCAACACCCCAGGUUCCUCGCCACCCUGCAGGAGACAGUGAUGCUCUUGGCCCCUGAAUGUGAUGUCUCCUUCAUCCCCUCUGUGGACGGUGGUGGCCAGGGUGUGGCGAUGGUGACUGCUGUGGCCGCCCGCCUGGCUGCCCACCGGCGCCUGCUCGAGGAGACCCUGGCACCAUUCUGGUUGACCCGUGAGCAGCUAGUAGCAUUGCAGAGGCAGAUGCGAGAGGCCAUGGCCAAGGGCCUCCAGGGGAAACCCUCCUCCCUCCGCAUGCUGCCCACUUAUGUCCGGGCCAUACCUGAUGGCAGUGAGCGUGGGGACUUCCUGGCCUUGGACCUGGGGGGCACCAACUUCCGCGUCCUCCUGGUGCGUCUCGCCUCUGGAAGUGUGCAGAUCACCAACCAGAUCUACUCUAUCCCAGAGUAUGUGGCCCAGGGCUCUGGAGAGCAGCUCUUUGACCACAUUGUGGACUGCAUCGUGGACUUCCAGCAGAAGCAGGGUCUGAGUGGGCAGAGCCUCCCCUUGGGUUUCACCUUCUCCUUCCCUUGCAGACAGCUUGGCCUGGACCAGGGUAUCCUCCUGAACUGGACAAAGGGUUUCAGCGCAUCUGACUGUGAGGGCCAAGACGUCGUAUAUCUGCUGCGGGAAGCCAUCAAGCGCAGACAGGCAGUGAAGCUGAAUGUGGUUGCUAUUGUCAAUGACACGGUGGGGACCAUGAUGUCCUGUGGCUAUGAGAAUCCCCACUGCGAGGUCGGCCUUAUUGUUGGAACUGGCACCAAUGCCUGCUACAUGGAGGAGCUCCAGAAUGUGGCAAGUGUACCUGGGGACUCAGGCCACAUGUGCAUCAACAUGGAGUGGGGUGCCUUUGGGGAUGAUGGCUCUCUUGGCAUGCUCAGCACCUACUUUGAUGAAAGGGUGGAUCAGGCUUCCAUCAACCCCGGCAGGCAGAGGUUUGAGAAGAUGAUCAGUGGCAUGUACCUGGGGGAGAUUGUCCGCCACAUACUCCUGCAUCUGACCAGCCGUGGAGUUCUCUUCCGGGGCCAGCAGAUCCAGUGCCUCCAGACCAGGGACAUCUUCAAGACCAAGUUUCUCUCUCAGAUUGAAAGCGACAGCCUGGCUCUGAGACAGGUCCGAGCCAUCCUGGAGGAUCUGGGGCUGCCCCUGACCUCAGAUGAUGCCCUGAUGGUCCUGGAGGUGUGCCAGGCUGUGUCCAGGCGGGCCGCCCAGCUUUGUGGGGCAGGUGUGGCUGCUGUGGUGGAGAAGAUCCGUGAGAACCGGGGCCUGGAAAAGCUGACCGUGUCUGUGGGGGUGGAUGGGACCCUCUACAAGCUACAUCCCCACUUCUCCAGGCUGGUGGCAGAAACAGUGCAGGAGCUGGCCCCUUGCUGUGAGGUCACCUUUCUGCAAUCGAAGGACGGGUCUGGCAAAGGUGCAGCCCUGGUCACCGCUGUUGCCUGCCGCCUUGCCCAGAUGACCCGUGUCUGAAGAAGUUUCCAGCAACAAGCUUUGCUGGAACAGCCAGGCCUAGACACCCAUGAUUUCCAGAAUAGUCAUGAUCCCUCCAUGGCCACCGGCCUCAACCCCUAGCUUUCCCCGAGAGAUGGAGCACUUGGGUUAGCAAUAUAUAUAUAUAAUUUAUUUACA